AUGUCUUUUCAACCCCGCUCGUUUGACGCUCUGCCGUUCGAUGUAUGGAGCUUAAUCCUCUCGCAUGUCCCCAUUCUCGAUUACCAAGCUCUCAAACUCGCUGGCAAUCGCCGGCUCACCGAACUGAUUCGAGAUGCUCUCUCCCGCCUGUCCCGCACCCAGUACCUCGACGCGAUUGCCAAGGAGGAUGCGCGUCAAAAUGGUCUCCCAAAGGGGUUUUGCCGGAAACCUAUGGAGAUUCUGAUCGAGAGAGGCCGACCGGAGUUGGUCAAUUACUACAAGGCGAAGUACCAGCGCGGCCGUCACGACAACAAGGAAUAUGACGCCUCCCGACGCAUGGCAGCCGAGAAGCGCUCGUAUUCAUUGGCGCUGCAAUGGGCGGCAUUUUACGGCCAGCAAUCAAUCAUCCAGCUACUGGUCCAUCGCGUCAAUCUCCGCUCCGGAAAGCUGCGGCGGACUGCUCUUCACUAUGCUGCAAUGGCCGACCAAGUCGGAGCCGCGGCGCUUCUCCUGCAGCACGGCGCCUAUGUCAAUGCCUCCGACGACGACGGAAAGACACCCUUGGAGUAUGCCAUCAAGCACGAGGCAACUGGGGUAGAGGGGCUUCUCAAAGCGCAUGGAGGUCACACAGAUUGGCCGACCAUCCUGAAGACAGAAGACUGGGCCCGUUAUAUCCGCGACUGGAAAGAUGGUGCUACUGAGCUCUUUACCUAUCAAUCACACGUCACGCGUACAAUCAUACGGCGGUGCUGGCAGUUGAAGGCUUGCAUGAGGUACUACAGCCUGAGACGCACAGACGCUCCACCUCAGGACAUCUCCCGCCACCAAAAACAUAUUCUCCGCCUGGCUAUCAGACGAGAUGACCCCCACAUGGUUCAGUUUGUGCUGGACGAAAGCUCGGAGUUUGAUGUAGCCCUCUCAACGGCAUUGUGUCUUGCGGCUCAGUGGGGGCGUGUCGAAAUCACUCGGUUGUUGCUCGAUGGCGGAGCUGACCCGAAUAAGGCAGCGGGCUAUCCUGCACAAAAGCCCAUGCAAACAGCGUUACUUCACGGGCAAAAUGACCUUGUUGAGCUAUAUUGCGGCCUUGGGUUCUCCAUUGAUACAACAAAUUACCACGGUCAAACCGCCCUUCACCUAGCUGUGGAGAAGUACUCCGGGUCGACGAUCCAAAACAUCAUCAACCUUGGGGCCGACAUGAAUAUGGCGGACGUCAACGGGCGUACACCUCUGCAUGUUAUAGCCGCAAAUAAGGUUUACACCUAUGCAGCUGAAAUCCUCCUUGCAGAAGGCGCCGAUGUCGACCCUAGAGACUCUCAGGGAAAUACACCCCUGCACUACACGCUGCCUCCUCACUGCGAAACCGAGACCCUGGACAUGUGCACUUGCCUCCUUGACCAUUGCGCCGAUCCAAACAUACCAAACAGCGACGGAAAUUUCCCUCUACAUGUGAUUCUGAACCCGAACGGCCGAAUUCGAUCCUCACUCGAGAUACCCAACCACGAUCGGCAGUACAGCUUCUUCCUAAUCUUCGUACUGUUCUUUACAGACAGAGCCGAUCCAAACGUGGUUGACCCGCAGGGUCGAACGCCGCUGCAUCUGCUCUUAAGUGCGCCGUUGCUUAACUCAACUUACUGUCUUAUGUGCGAUCUACUACUUCAAAAGGGGGCUAACGUGAAUGCGCGGGAUCAUCUCGGGCUGACACCCAAGUGGUGUCUCACCCAGUUCAGGCAUGAGGAUAUUGAAGAUAGAAAGGCCUUCAACGCUACGAUGCAGUUACUUAUGGAUCAUGGGGCAGUAUUGUGA